AUGUUAUCAACGAAAAAUUUAAUUACUCCAUUCACGAUUAGUUCAAUGUAUUCAAUUGUUGAUUUCUUGAAGUUCAGUUAUUUCCCAUUUCUAUCUGGACGAUUCAAAAUUAUCUCAAUUUUUUAUGUUUCACUUUUUUCCUUGGUUACCUUGGGUCAUGAUGCUUUCAUGCUGUUCAGCAUUUUACCUCCAUUUGAUUUCUGUAAUUUAAUUUGCUUCACCCAAAUUCAUGUGGUCACUGUAAUAUUAGGUGAUUUGAUGAUGGUUAUAUUGAUGUUCAUUGUUCUUUUCGCUAAAAUUGAUUACUCUGAAUAUGAAGUUUCUUGGAAGUUAAUUGGACUUUCACUAGCCAAUGAGUUGAUUGCAAACGAAAUUAAAUCAACCAAGAAAGACACAAAAUUAUUCAUCGCAAUUUAUUCAUUCUUUUGGCUUUUAACUUCUCCUUUCUGUCUUUACAUGAACUUAUCUUCACAUCAUCCAUUCGGAUUGCUUCAGAUGACCAUUGAGAUGAGUCACAUAAUCGCCUACGGGAUUAUUGCAAUUCUUGUUUUUAUCAAGAUGCACACGAUAUUUACAUCUUCCUCCCUGAUAAAAGUUACUUUCCGUGCUAUCGGGCAUUGUAUCGAAACUCAUCCAGAAGUUACCUGGAACCUUGAAAGUUUACAAUAUUAUCGGCGGAUGUACACACAGACCAUCGAACUGACCAAUACUGCCAACAGAAUUUGGUCCUUUUAUCUCAGUUUCAUGUACCCUUCGUUCAAUAUCAUGGGACUACUAUUGUUAUAUACGAUGGUCUCUUCUGGCUAUGAUCCAUGGCGAUACUUUAUCCUUGGGUCAACUUCAAUCGCUCUAUUUUGGACUCUAAGUUUUCUCAACAAAUACAUCAUCGGAAUAAAUACCGAAGCUGCUGCUCUUCAUGAUAUCGUUUACAGAAAAAGUUUACUCGAUCUUGAUGAGAGAUAUAUGUUAGAGGCUUUACUCUUCCUCGAGCGGAUUGCACGUGAAGAUGUUGGAUAUAAAUUACAUGGGAAAUUUGUCUUCAGUCCAACUUUAAUGGCAUCAAUGGUGACCCUCGGUGUAACAAUUGUAAUCGCUUUUCCCUCUUUUAUAACAAUUAAACUAUAAUAUUAAUUGUAAAUGAUGGAAUCGAUAUCGGAAAAUUUUUACCUCCAUUUCAUGAUAAAUGUUUAACUAAAUGUUUCUCAUUCACUUUUUUCACUUAAUCUUAACAUAAUCAGAAUAUUUUCCUUGUGUUCUUAUUGA